UCAAACAGCAGGAAACACUAAAUGAAAAGAUCACUGCUACACCUCAACAUCUCUCUCCAAUCUAUUUAACAAGCUCAAGGAACGUUACUGAAGGAGCUCUGGUUGCCAUGGCAAAGCGUGUAGCUGUGAUUCUGGCUGGCUGUGGGGUGUACGAUGGGAGUGAGAUCUAUGAGUCCUCAGCAGUUAUGAUCCAUCUCAGCAGAGCCAAUGUGAAGGUUAAUGCCUAUGCCCCCGAUGUGGAUCAGAUGCACGUGGUGAACCACAUAAAGGGGGAGCCGACGGGAGAGUCGCGUAACGUGUUGACAGAGAGCGCCCGGAUUGUCCGCGGAAACAUCCAGGACCUGGCCACACUGAAACUCGCCGACAACGAUGCUCUCAUCAUCCCCGGUGGGUUUGGUGUAGCCAAGAACCUGAGCACAUGGGCGACUCAGGGAAAGGACUGCAAGGUGAACCCGGCUGUGGAGAAAGCCAUCAAGGAUUUCCACAAAGCUGGCAAACCCCUGGGGCUGUGCUGCAUCUCCCCUGUCCUGGCAGCCAAGAUCCUGCCUGGCUGUGAGCUCACUGUGGGUCAUGACAAGGAGUGUGACAUGUGGCCCAAUGCAAAUACAGCCGAUGUGCUGAAGGGGCUUGGCUGCAAACACGUUAACAAGCAUGUAAAAGAGGCUCACGUGGAUGCCAAAAACAAGCUAGUGACCACCAGUGCUUUCAUGUGCAACGCCCCAGUACACGAGGUCUUCGAUGGCAUCGGGGUCAUGGUUGAAGAGGUGCUGAAACUGGCCUAGCUGGACCAAAAGGGGGUUUCUUGUGUUUGGGGGGUGCAGAGAUACCAUGCCACUGUCUGGAGAGAGAUGUAGCAUAGCUACAGUAGCAUGGUCUUAAACUACAGUGUAAUUACAAGGCAACUAUUGUAUAGUAGCAUUAGAUGGUACUACAGUAUAUGCUCAUGUUUGUUUUACUGUGAGAUAUCAUGCUUCUUAUUCAGUGUGUGUAUAUAAUAGAACAAAAUCUUUGUGUUUCAAUAAAUAACUAGACAAAUAGAAUGAGAUGUGAUACUUUUUACUGGACUAAAUGACAAUUAAUCACCAGCUUUCAAGACCUCAAAUGUCUCUUCUUCAGGUGAAAGUAGGAAAGAGAUUGAUGUUUACAUAUUAAU